AUGAGUGUCGAGCCUGCCUUGUUCCAAGAGUUGCGAGAGAAGCAGAAAUAUGAUCCUAAGUUGGAAAAGAUCCGUGAAGCUAAGGCUCAGGGUCGAGCCGAAAAUUUCGAAGUCGAUUCCGAGGGAGGUCUAAAAUUUAUGAGUCGUUGGUGUGUGCCUAAUGACUUGGAGCUUAAGAAGAAGAUUCUCGAAGAAGCUCAUUGUACUCCCUACUCAGUUCAUCCUGGGGGUGAUAAGCUUUACAAGGAUCUCAAGGCGAAUUUCUGGUGGCCUUGCAUGAAGAGGGAAGUGGCCGAAUUUGUGGCCAGGUGUCUGGUGUGUCAAAAGAUCAAGAUCGAGCAUCAGAGACCGGGUGUAUGGGUGAUUGUGGACCGAUUGACUAAGGUAGCUCGGUUUAUUCCAAUGAAGAAUACUUGGUCUAUGGAAGAGUUAGUGGAAGCCUACGCUAAUGAAAUCAUUCGGUUGCACGGUGUUCCGAAGGAUAUAGUAUCUGAUCGUGACCCUAGUUCUUUUCUCAUUUCUGGAUUGCUCUGCAAGAAGCAUUUGUCAUUGAACUUGGUGGAGUUUUCUUACAAUAACAGUUACCAUGCUAGCAUUCAGAUGGCUCCUUAUGAGGCCUUGUAUGGGCGGAAGUGUCGCAGUCCUACCUGUUGGAGCGACAUAAGUGAUUCGCUAGUAUUGGGACCAGUUUUGAUUCAAGAUACUGUUGAGCAAGUAAAGGUGAUUUAG